GUCCCUCCCCUCUCUCGCGCGCGCGCGCGGUUUAUCUAUCAGCCACAGGAGGGUUUUUGAGUCAUUGUAGUCUGCCUUCACAUCGAGCUGCAGGGACUUCACGAAACUGUAGACAGCAAGAAGAAAAUUAUUACCUUAGAGGCGAAUAGGUCAAAUUGCUGUCUCCGUAAUAAACUCUGGAGUUGUUUUGUGGGAUACUUGAAAGUUGUAAAACCAGUGGGCGGCGGGAACUGGACGGGCAAGUAAUCCAACUUACAACUGUUUGUGAACGUGUAGACGGGAUGAUACUGAAGAAACGGAAGCCCGAGGUUCGCAUUAAAAUGUUGUGUUUGGAGGGACAGACAUGAGCUCAGAAGUGGACGCAGCGCAUCAGUGACAUGGACAUUACGCGGAGAGAUUAUUUGCAUUCUCAACGAAGAAAAACUGCACAAUAGACAAACAAAUCUGGCCUCGGCCAGACCCCAGCCUCAGGGAUCAGGUUUAAGGGCAAAGCAGUCCGAACAUGCUUUCAAACAAGUCCUGUGAGAACAUCACCCGAAUAGAUGUGAACGGGAACCCGGUGAUGAGCACCAUCAUGUUCAUUGCUGGCGUAGUUGGCAACCUGGUUGCUCUGGCUAUCUUGGGGGUCCACCAGAAGGAGCGUCGCACCAAGUCCUCUGUCUUCUGCAUUCUUGUGACGGGACUCGCUCUCACAGAUCUGUUGGGAACGUGUUUACUCAGCCCACCUGUUUUCAUUUGCUAUGCUCAAAGCACAUCCCUGGUGGGCCUUACAGGAAAUCAUUGGCUGUGCGGACUCUUCGCCUUCGCCAUGACCUUCUUCGGCCUUGCCUCUAUGCUCAUACUGUGCGCGAUGGCUGUCGAACGAUGCCUUGCUAUAAGCCACCCAUAUUUUUACUCCAAACAUGUACGGCGAAGCUUCGCAAAGAUCAGCCUGUUCCUCAUAUAUCUCUUCACGUUUGCUUUCUGCUUGCUGCCUUUUUUUGGAUACGGACGACACAAGCAGUACUGUCCUGGAACGUGGUGUUUUAUCAAGAUGGAAGCAGAGGGUGAAGGCGAAGAUGAGGAGAGAAGAACUCUGGCCUUUUCACUGUCCUACGCAAUGCUGAUGGCGCUCCUCAUCGCCAUAGUUUUCCUGUGUAACGGUUCGGUCAUUGUUAGCCUGUGCCGCAUGCACCGGAGUCAAGUGACUCGCCGGGGUUCGGUGGUGUCGGCUGGACGCAAGAGAAGGCUGAGCACCUGGUUUGGACAGGGAGAAGAAGAGAUGGACCAUCUGCUGCUGUUGGCCUCCAUGACCUUCAUCUUCGUCAUUUGCUCCUUGCCUCUGACUAUUUGUGGUUUUGUGAACGCCUUUAGUCCGGUAGGGAACGACGAGCAGAACCUCAUGGCUUUCCGCUUCUCUGCCUGUAACCCAAUCCUUGACCCUUGGAUCUUCAUCAUCUUUCGUAAGGCGGUCUUCCACCACCUCCGAGCGUUCUUCCGCUGCCGUUUCCCCCAUGAUGCCGUGAAGACCACAGCUCAAAGUGCCCUGUCCUUCCCGCUGGAAGGCGGAGACCCCAGCCACGGUUCCAGCAUUCAAAGCAAGAUCUACUGCAGCCUCCCACAAUGAGAUCUUGAAGAACAGUGGCAUUUCUGGACAGAAUACUUAUGACGUUGUGCACUAGGGUAUAUCAGGAGUGAAGGUGAGGAGACUUUGUGAAGUCUAAAAAAGACGGUAUGAAUGUGUCUACGAACCAAGAAUGUUGAAAAACGGACAACUGGGUCUGGCCAAAGUUUCAUGAAAUGGAGAGCGAAAGACUUUGUAAAAUUGGGAUCAACGGUUUAAGCUUAAGCAAACUCUUCCGUGCAUGUAAACCACAGCAUGUGGGUGUGAAAACGACUAGAGGACUAGAUGUGCAGGUGUGCACGUUACAAUGACUAAAACUAAACUUAUAAAUACAACCUUUAAAAAAAUGUGGUGCAGUGACACAUACCAGAAAUCACAUGCAUACACAAAACAGAAUGUACAAAUGAUCACAAGCACAGAAGAAUAUCGGCACUUAAAGUUAGCAUAAAAAGAAAAAUAUAAUCUCAAGAUUUACCAAACCGUAGCCUUUCGUCAAUGGAACACACUCGUGUUUUAUUUUAUAGCGUUUUGAUGCUGCUAUUAUUUCAUACAAUGAUAGUGAAUGGGGACUGAGACUGUGUCACUAACAUUCGGGCUAAGAUCUUGUGUUCUGUUGAAGAAAGAAAGCCUUAUGGGUUUUGAACAACAUGAACGUGAGUAAAGGAUGGUAGGAUUUUUAUUUUUUAAGUGAACUGCCCCUUUAAGAGAAGGGGAAGUCCUAAUUUACUGCAGUACUGCAGAAUGUUCAACUAUGAGGCGAUUCAUCACAUGUACAUGUUGUGAAAGCAUUUUAAGGCUUUUCACAUUAUGUUUAACCCGGGAUGAUGUCUUUUUUAUUAUUGGGGUAUUAGCCACUUCUAUCCCUGGAUUAUGCAACACUUCCCACUUUAAUUCUUGAAGGGAAUUAGCAACUUCUUCUAAACAACACUGAGUUGAGGUGAUGGUUCUCCCAAAAAAAUGAAAAUUCUAUCAUCAUUCACUCACCCCUAUGUCAUUUAAAACCUGUAUGACUUUCUAUUGCAGAAUACAAAAGAUAUUUCGAAGGACGUUGGUAGCCAAACAGCAUUGGUCCCCAUUGACUUCCAUUGUAUUGAUACCAAAGCAGACAUUUCUAGACAUUUCUUUAUUUCAAAUGUAAAUCUUGCUGUAUUUGAUCAUUUUGUUUGGAGCACGAGAGGUCAUAUCUGAUAAACUGCCCAAUAAUGUUGAUUUUCAGACCUACAAUCUUAGAUAUGUUUUGGCGUAAAAUGUGAUUUUAAAGGGAAUUUUUUUGUGAAAAAUGACAUUUCAAUUUUUGUAUUUAAUCGUGGAAUGCAAGUUCAAAUAACCUAAUUGAAUAAUUAUGGUUUAAUUAAAAUAAUAUAAAGAAAGACUAUAAUCGGUUGGGCUUCUGUAUAGUGUAAAAAGCUCUGACCAUGUGUUUAGACUUCUGCUCAAAGUUGAAACUAUCCCCAAGCAUGCCUGCUCUCAAAAUCCUAAAUAUUUAUUAUAAAUCUGUGGAUAUCUGACUGUAGAUACACUUGCUGCUGUCGAAAAUAUUUGCUGGGUAUUUUAAUGGAGCUGUGCAACAUUCUGCUGAUAUUUAUGGACUGUGUGUACACAAAGAGACAGUCUCAUUAUGUGUAAUAGGGUCAUUGUCAUGAUGCUAUUUGUAUUAGAAUGGAAAGUUUAUGUUUAUUUUGUUUUAAAAGUAACCAUUAAACCUUCAAGACAUCAUACUUCCAUAGCUUUACCUACCAUACAUUUAUAUUGCAAAUUUAAAAGUAAUAUUUUCCCAUGCCUAAAAUAAGGUAAGUGUUAUUUAUUAUUACAAAUCCUAGAGGUCUGUUCAUUUGAUCAUAGAAACAUAAAGAAACGGCAUUGUUUUCUGAUAGACUAAACACUAACAGUGCCUGGUGUUCAAAACUGGCGUUAAAAGGGAAGUUAUCACUUAAGCUUCUGUUACAGAGUAAACAAACUAAGUGAUUGCUGUCGUUCACGCAAACAACAUAACAGGUUUGACUUGUGUGUGCAGUGCCAAUAUAUGUUUCCUCUCUUUCCCAUCAUAUGUGCAGGAAAUGUGCUGUCUGGAUGCGUGCAAUGAACAUGACGCCCUAUGAUGUGAUAUGAUAUUUUGUCAAUUGAUGCGUUGUUGAAUUUGGUUUCUUCGCACGGUACAUCAUGCAACAGAUACUGUUCCAUUGCACUCUGCAGCUUGAGACAUGUUGACCCGUAAAUUUGCAAUGCUUGUUCAUGGAAAAUGAGUAAAGAAACAACACCCUCUCCAAACAACCACAGGUCUUUGACUGUUUCUCAGAAUAUACAAUGAUAUAUUAUUCACAUGUUGGGUUUCCAUGUUUUAAAAGGAAAUUUUCCAUAGACAUGACUUCCAUACAGAUUAUUCUGUCCCUUAACCCUUGUCACAAAGACAAUAGACGACAACAAGAUGGCCAAAUAAUGAAAAGGUUAAAACUAUCGUUAAAAUUCUUGUGUGAACAUUUCUUGGGUAAUUUAACACAGACUUAUUUAUUUUCUUUUUCCUAAUCUAUCUCGCCCUACUGGUAUUGGUGUCAUAAUGUGAGAACAAACUGCAUAGGCAAACGAUUGUGUGUUUGCUCUAUGCUGUCAGUCGAAGCAAUUGUACUAUAGAUUGAGCAGCAAUGCUAAAAUGUGUGACAAAUGUGGGUUUCUCUUAUGCAACAAAAUAACAAAAUACUUCAUAUUAAAACUUCGUGUCCAGUUACAAUAUAUUCUCAUGUCCAAUAAUUUAAUUAUCACCCCGCUUUGCAUCCUGAUAAACCUAUCAGUGUUUAUUCUGCGAAAACCCAAAUGACUGCACAUUAUCUCUUGAUAGUAUUAAAGGAAUAGUUCACUUCUGUCAUGAAUUACUCCAAGUUGUUCCAAACCUGUUUACAUUUCUUUGUUCUGUUGAACACAUUUUUGGAAAAUAUUAGCAACUGAGAUUUCUGGGACAUUAUUGACAACCAUAGUAGGGACAUUUUAAAUGGUUGUCAAAGGUGCACAACUUUUUGCUUUCUAAAUUCUUCAAAAUAAAAAAAAGGAAGAACAAAAAAAUGAUUUGACCAUUUUUCCUACUAUGGUAGUCGAUGAUGUCCCAGAAAUGUUACAAUCAUACAGUAACAUUUUGCAUAUCAUCAUUUUAACAUAGUACAUUAAACAGCCAUUUAACUGUAAGCACCUGUGUUAAUAGAUUGUAACAGAAUUUAUUAAUAAAUAAAUGUUUAAAGUGUCUGAAAAUAAAAAGCACAAAAAUGUCAACUUAAAAAAGUGUAAAGCCUGGUCAAAAGUAAAGUAGCCAUCUGAAAGUUUCAACAUACCAGCCAAGCAAACGGAGCGUUCCACGAACAAUACUUUUAGGUUCUAUGAAUGUUCUGGGAACCAAAAACUAAAGUUUGAUUUAUGUAAAGAUAACUUUUCUGGAUUAACCAAAACAAACCUUAAAAAUAAUGUUCUGGGAACCAUUUCGGGAGUUUUGGCUGCAUGCAUCACUUCAUACACCUGGAAGUUUCAGAUAAACAAUUCUUGGCAGCAGAAAGUGAAUAAAUCGCGGUGAUCUGAUUAUACUUAAUAAGACACAAAUUAUCGGAAGUUAUCCGGAAUACAAGAAUCUAAGCUUGUGGUUAUUACAAUUUUAUUAGUGAGUGAUGAGUCACUGAUUGUAUUUGUGUUUUAGCCACAGUUACACCCUGCAUGAAAACACAUUAUUGUAUCUUGUUGCAUUAAGCACACAACAAGAUGAAUUACACCAAAAAUCUUUUUUUUUUCAAUAAUUUUAUCCUAUACAAUAUGUCCGAUAUCUCUCAAUGGUGAGAUUUAUGGAAACUUACAAAAUAAAGGUUUAUUGUGUAUCUAUGUUAUUAUGUUCAUGUUUCAUGCAACAUAUUCUUUUUAAUAAGGAAGUGAGAUGAGAGAUUGUAUUUUUUACUGUAAGUUUAUGCGACAAGCUAAAUGCUCUUGGAAAGUCUCAUGAUCUUAAUCAUUUUCAGCAGCUCUUAAGCAGCGGAGACACAACAAGCCAAAUGAUUAAUGCAUUAAAUAAUCAAACAAGGUUCCACUUUCUUUCCAUAUCAACACGGCAUGACCGA